CUGGCUGCGCAUGCGCCGAGCCGGCGGGCCGGAGAGUUGUCGGCUGGGAAAUGGCGGCCACGGGCUUGGUCUCUGUGGCCACGGCUGCAGAGUACUCUGGCCCAGGAGCGUCGGGAGGGAACCUCUCCUCUAACUGUGGCCCAAACUCCGGGGCAGGUCCUGGUCCUGGCCCGGGCUCUUGGAGCCGCUCCCUCGACCGAGCGCUGGAGGAGGCGGCGGUAACCGGGGUGCUGAGCCUGAGCGGCCGGAAACUGAGGGAGUUUCCCCGGGGAGCGGCCAACCACGACCUGACAGACACCACCCGGGCGGAUCUAUCACGAAAUCGCCUCUCAGAAAUUCCCAUAGAAGCAUGUCACUUCGUGUCUCUUGAGAAUCUCAAUUUAUACCAGAAUUGUAUUCGGUAUAUACCAGAGGCAAUUCUAAACCUGCAAGCUCUAACAUUUUUAAAUAUUAGUCGGAACCAACUGUCAACAUUGCCAGUACACUUGUGUAAUUUACCAUUGAAAGUCUUAAUAGCUAGUAAUAACAAAUUGGUCUCACUUCCAGAAGAAAUUGGACAUCUCAGACAUUUAACAGAACUUGAUGUGAGCUGCAAUGAAAUUCAAACAAUACCUUCCCAAAUUGGUAAUUUGGAGGCCUUGAGAGACCUCAAUGUAAGAAGAAAUCACUUAGUACGUUUGCCUGAAGAGCUAGCAGAGUUGCCUUUGAUACGGUUAGACUUUUCCUGCAAUAAAAUUACAACAAUUCCUGUUUGUUACCGGAAUCUCAGGCACCUACAGAUGAUCAUCCUAGAUAAUAAUCCACUACAGUCUCCUCCUGCACAGAUAUGUAUAAAAGGCAAAAUCCACAUAUUUAAAUACCUGAACAUCCAGGCUUGUAAGAUUGCUCCAGAUCUGCCAGAUUAUGAUAGGAGACCCAUAGGAUUUGGCUCCUGCCACGAAGAACUGUACUCAGGUCGCCCCUAUGGAGCCCUUGAUUCAGGUUUCAAUAGUGUGGACAGUGGUGAUAAGAGAUGGUCAGGGAAUGAACCUACAGAUGAAUUUUCGGAUCUGCCUCUUCGAGUAGCAGAAAUUACUAAAGAACAAAGACUGCGAAGAGAAAGCCAGUACCAGGAGAAUCGCAGCAGUUUAGUAGUAACAAAUGGUGGAGUGGAACAUGAUCUGGAUCAGAUUGACUACAUUGACAGCUGUACUGCAGAGGAAGAAGAGGAUGAGGUGAGACCACCCAAGGGCCUGGACUCAGACAGCCUUAGUUCACAGUUUAUGGCCUAUAUUGAACAACGGCGGAUCUCUCAUGAGACAUCACCAAUCAAGCCAGUACCCAUGAGGGAGUUUCAAAAAACAGAAGACAUGAGAAGAUACUUACAUCAAAACAGGGUUCCAGUUGAGCCAUCUCUCUUGUCACUAUCACCAAGUCACAAUCAGUUAUCACAUACAGACUUGGAACUUCAUCGGAGAAGAGAACAAUUAGUAGAACGAACUCGGAGAGAGGCACAGCUUGCUGCCCUACAGUAUGAGGAGGAGAAAAUAAGGACCAAGCAGAUUCAGAGAGAUGCUGUCAUGGACUUUGUCAAGCAAAAAGCAUCACAAAGUCCACAAAAACAACACUCCCCCUUAGAUGGUGAGUGUCCCUUCCCAUCCAGAAGGUCUCAGCACACUGAUGAUAGUGCCUUGUUAGUGUCACUCUCAGGGGUGAAUCAAGUGGGCUGUGCUGCUACCCUGCCUCAUUCUUCUGCCUUCAGACCUCUUAAGAAUGAUGACAGAUCUAAUGCCAUAUCAAGUUCACCUACAACAGAAACAGUUCAUCAUUCCCCUGCAUAUUCUUUUCCUGCUGCUAUCCAGAGAAACCAGCCCCAGCGCCCUGAAAGCUUCCUUUUCCGAGCAGCUGUCAGGGCAGAAACAAAUAAAGGCCACGCUUCACCCCUUCUUUCAUCUUCUGCACCUUCCACUGAUUUGACAGAUCCCGUAACAAGACAGAAUUCAAGACAGAGAGAAGAAGAGCUGGAAUUAAUAGAUCAACUACGGAAACAUAUUGAAUACCGGUUGAAAGUAUCUCUGCCUUGUGAUCUUGGAGCAGCUCUCACUGAUGGUGUUGUUCUUUGCCAUUUGGCCAAUCAUGUUCGUCCUCGAUCUGUCCCAAGCAUUCACGUUCCCUCACCAGCUGUACCUAAAUUAACAAUGGCAAAAUGCAGACGAAAUGUGGAGAAUUUCCUAGAAGCUUGCAGAAAAAUUGGUGUACCUCAGGACAGUCUUUGUUCCCCUUCUGACAUCCUUCAGCUAAACCUCAGCGUUAAAAGAACUGUUGAAACACUACUUUCUCUUGGGGCACAUUCAGAAGAAUCCAGUUUUGUCUCUUUAUCUAUCCAGCUUUUGGGUUUUGUGGCAUUUUAUUGUACUUUAAUGUUAACUCUCUGUAUGCUUUAUUACUGGAUCUUCCCCCUCUAGCUGAAAGAUUGCAUUCCAGUGAUUUUCCACCUCAUUCCUGUGUUUGGUGAAGGAGGUUUGUUUCUCAUGCAAAAAUAUUUACAUAUUUGCUUUUUUUUUCCAUGGCCAUCAAAGAGCUAACCAGUAAAGUAUAUAAAUCCUUCUCUCAUGUGUCCAGAUGAGCAGCUUAUCACAUUAGUAAGCGUUUAUGAUUGCUAACAAAGAGUAAAAGACCAGCAUAUUUUCUCCUGCUCAUUUAUCCAUUCUCCUGGCCUGUGGCCUUGUUUCUCUUAUCAUAAAUGCUGAGCGUUUCUACCAAUACAGUCAUGAGCCUAUUGUUAGAAUUUGAUGUGGAACUUUAUCUCCAAACGGCAUAAUAAAAUUUCCAUCUGUCCAUUUUUCCAUACCUCAAUACAACUUAAGUGUUGAAAUUGUGAGAAGUAUUACAAUUAAGAGUUGUUGAACUUUUCAACAGCUGUUCAUAAGGGAAACAGUUGUACCUUUUCUGGUUCGGGGGGCACCUGGUCACUUAGAUCUCUGCACCAAGCUGUGCCCUGAAGUCCUGAAAUCUCCCUUUAUUGAUAGGCACAAGUCCACCUCAGCAUUUGCUGUCUGGACAUCUGGAUGGUACUGGCCAUUUCAUCAUCAUAAUUUUAAUUUGAUCAGAAUCUUCAGUCCAGACAUCACAUAUGUUCCCUAGAUUGCUGUUCUGAGUCCACUGUGUAUAUUGAAAACAGUACACAAGCAAGUUACCUAGAGCUGACCUUUCAGGUGGGCCCCUGUCUGCACACUUAAUUAUGUUUGUCAUCUUUAACUGAACUUUACUUCUGAAUCCUAUUUAGAAUUUAAAAUUGGAAUUUAUGUAAUUUCCGAUAUAUUUGAACCAUCUUAAUAGGUGAACUUGUAUUUAAUAGGCUGUUGAGAAUCUUAUCUGAACAGUAACAGGUAAAGCAUUAGGCAGCAAUCUCUAUUCUGUACCCAAGGCAAUGAUAGUCUCUUUCAGAAUGCUUAGUGUAUUAGCAGCUAGCCUUGAUGCUUGAAACUACUUCAUAACUGCAUUCAGAGUCUAGUUCUUAUAAAUAGUUAUUUCUGAACAUUCAGACAUCUCCUGAACUCUGCUAACUAAAUUGGAUGACUGAAUUCAAGUACGAAGGGAGAUUUUAAGGAACAUAACAUCCUGCUGUAGAAGUCAGCCUGAGGAUCUGAUUGCUUUGGUUUUCCUUCAUAUUAAAUGGGAUAAUUACUUAACACAUUAAAAACUGUUUACUGUUAAUCCUGAAACAUUGAACACUGUGUUGAAAACUUCAGUUUUAUGCAGUCAUAGUGCCUUCUGGAGUUUGGUGGGUUUUGGCUUGUUUUGUUUUUAGGAUGUCUCUGAGUCAGAGAUCAUUCAGUUUUGUGGAGUUUUGUCUCUUUAAAAAAAAAAAGCUGAUGAAAAAACACAUGGUGUCAUGUGUGGCUUUGGAGGAGUAAUGGUGCAUUCUCUUCAGAACAGAGUUCCCUCUAAGCCAGCUGGAAGGUAGAAGUGCAUUCAGGAAGCUAAGCUUCGGAGGGAAUGUCUAAGUUACGGAUGCACAGGUCACAGGGCACCCCUGAGAAUGGUGAUCAAGGAGUCGGCCUUGGAGGAAAUAAAUGUCUUCCCCCAGAGCAAAACGCCCUGAAGGUUCAUCUUAAGUAUAGUUAAUCUUUACUUACAGUUGUACUCAAAAGAUUUAUACAAAAGUUGCUAGUUUUAUAAGAUCAAGAGAUUGUAUUUUAUCAAGGUAAGUAUUAAAUAAAAAGAAAGUAAGAAGCACAAGUACCAAUAACUGCCUAUAAUAAACAUUUGUUACAUUUUUUAUUGCAACUGAUUUUGUAAAUCUUCCUAAUAAUAUAUUAAGUGGCAGUGAAUCUUCUUUAAUAAAUAUGUAUAGCCUUUUUUAGUGGAAUCAGAAUUCCACUUUCAUUCCUUUGAGAGCAGUCUUUUUUCUUUCAUCUAAUCAAUGAUAGGUGUUAUUCUUAUGAUAGGCCUUUUUCUCUUACAAGAAAGGAUUAACCAAACAUAUUAAUGAGAUAAGAUAGAAGUAAUUUAACUUUCUUAAGCAAACAUGAACACUUUGCAAAUAAAUGUUAAUUAAGCUGUUCCUGACUAAGCUCAUAGUUCCCCGGCAUAAUUAAUCCAUUGAAUUCCAAAAUAUGAAAUACUUUUUCAGAUACAAUUUUUUUUAAUUCUGUAAUUCAGAUUUUAACUAAUUCAAACUGAUCUUUCCAUGAAUUACCCAAAGUAGGGGAAAGUUUCUCAAAUACAUCUGAAUCUCAAGGAUACACUUCACUUUCUUCCUGUGAUCCUGCCUGAUGUGAGAACCCUGAUUUUCACAGGACUGUUGCAACAGUAGGCAUCCCUCUCUUAGGCAGUUUGAGUUUCGGCAUGAAACUGUCUUGUGUUCCUAUGGUUUGUAAUUUCCAAAGCCUUUCUCCUACAGUGUUGUAUCUUCAGGCUUGCGCUAUCUGGUAACUUGGAACUAUUUUUCUAUUUUCUCCUGCCUCAUUUUACUGAUCUGCAUUGCUCUUUUAUUUAUCAGGGAUAAGGGAUGUUGCUUUCACUCCAUAGUAUUCUGUUUAUCCUCUGUUUUCAUGUGUAAGUGUAUGUAACUUGUCCAUUUUCAUUUUCAAAAUGAUCUGUAUGUACUUUUAGUUAUAUUAAUAAAGUGACAGUGUCAGAUACCAUCUCUGUGUAACUCAUGUUAACAGAGAUCAGUUUCCCAGGUACUCACUUUUCAUAUCUUAGCUUAUUAUGAGGGAAAGAAGAGAUGCUUAUUUUUCUUUUCAGUUCUGUGAUGUUCAUCCUCUUUUCUCUUUUGUUUGUUUUUAUGUUACGUUGUCCCAUUUCAGGAGCAAUUAUGUUUGCCUCUCCACAUUUUAGAAGAGAAAGGUUUGAGCCAGGUUGCUGUGACGGUCCAGGCUCUCCUGGAACUUGCCCCAC